CAAUAACUAGUUUUUUUUUCAAAGAAUCAAAUGGUGUUUUGCAUGAAGUAGAGUUUCGCAAUUUAUAUUUAUAAACUGAUGUCGAUUCAUCCAUAGUUUAACUAAUGACUUCUUGUCUCCCAUAGAAAUAAUAGCAUAUUCAUGGAAAGCAGUUUCUGAAACUCUAUUUUUGUAUUAUGAUAUUGUUGAAGGAACCUAAUACAUGCAGUUAUAACGUAUCGAAAACAACUAGAUCACAUAGACUGGCAUUUUGUCGAAUAACCAUUUUGAUUCUCCCGUUAUCGUACUUACAAUACCUAUGGUUACAUCAUUUAUUUCAACAUUGAAUAUAAAUACUGGUGUAGCGCAACUUAGCGCCUGGCUUACUAGUCAAGCUAUUCAUGUACCUCCUGGUUGGAUUGAUGCUUGUGUGGCUUGGCUUGCUGAAGAGCAUGGAGGUAUUGAUGCAUGUAAUCAUCUGACAAAGUCUGAUUGGUGUCAAUUAAUAUAUGAGCAAUGGCUUCAUUCUGAUUUGAAGCAGUUAGAAUGUCCAGUUCUACCGUCAACUAUAUCUACUUCAAGAAAUCCCUAUGACAAUUCGCUUAGCAGUGGUACUGAUGCAAAUACCAUGAAUUCACCUGCACUUAAGCUGGAUGGUGAACUUUGUCUCCAAGUUGUCAAUUUACUCAACAUAGGUGAAUCAUACUAUGGUCAACUGAGACGACAUGAGGGUAAUUUGAGCGUGAAUCUACCUUCAUUGGAAGUAGACGGUGAAAAUAAUCCAGAUGGACAUACUACACAAAUGACACAAGCUUUUAGUCAAUAUCUUAAUCAAAGUCCAACUCAAACAAACAAUUUUAGACAGUCAACAAUGGCCAAUUGUCUCACUCUAUUUCUUACUGAUGGAGUAAAUGAAAUCAAAGUUAUUGAAUUUGGCACCCAAUCCACAAGAUCACGAUCUUCUUUACCUUUUAAAGAAUUAUCAAAAAAACUUCGACCUGGAGUAAAAAUUCGUCUACGUGGACCAUUACUUUUACGUAAUAACGUCUUACUUGUUCCUCCCGGUGCUUUACAGUCACUAUCAAGCCAUCAAUUGGAAGUUUUAGGCGGUGAGGUUGAUGAACUCUUAGAAAACUAUGAAGAAAAUACUAUGUAUGAGGUUGGUAAACUAUUGGCUAAUAAACUAAAUAUACCAUUAACUGAAAAUAACAGCUUGCCGUCUUGGUUUCCUCGUGUAUCAUCUAGACAGUUACGCAGCUCAGCUGGUGAUAAUCUGUUACCCAGUAUAGAAGUGCCCAAUGAGCAGUCUAAUUAUGUACGAGACGUUCAACAAAACCGUGAUAAUAACAUUUCUAACAGUGGGAAUGGCAGAGAUCCACUAAGUUCUGUUCGUUACCCAUUGAGUACUGCUUCUACUGGUGAUAGGGGUGUCGUCGGUGGCAGUGGUAGCGUUUCUCCAGAAUUGUGGGAUGAUGAAAUAUUCGAUGAUGCAAUAUUGAGUCAUGCUGCUCAAUCUAUGGAGAAACAGUUAGAUUAUAGUAGAAGUGGUGUAUCGAUUCCACGAAGUUCUGUCCAUUCGUUCAAUGAUCCACUUCGUUUACCAACAAGUGUUAUAUCUGAUGAACGAGAGCGACUGUCAAAUGAAUCUAAAUUUAGUGGUCUUCAACGUACUCACAGUGUUGUUGAUGAGAGCGAAAACAAUGUUUCUAUUGAUAGCGAUGAUCCGUUUUUAGAAGAUCAAGUCGAUCCAGAUAUAUUGGCUUCUGCUCUAGCUGAAAUAGACGAACAACAGUCAAUGAAUUCUACAAACUUUCCCAAAACUAAUCAGUUAAAAGGGAAUGAGAUGAGAAUUUUUCAAUCCAAUAAAAAUGUAUCCGAAACAACUGCAACUUCGUCCACAUUCUCAUCAACUUUAAUGAAAACAAGUACAGUAAGUCAACCGAUAAAAUCACAAAUAGAAUCAAAACAAAGUUUGAAACAAACGUUAUUAAAGCUACAGUCACGCAGUCGAUUAGUGAAUAAACUGAAUGAUAAUCCAUCACUCCCUUCUUCUUCUUCUUCUUCUUCUAAACCUCAAUCGACUGAACCAUUCUCACCAGAACCAGUAAAACCAGACAUCAAAAAAGUACAAACUAACAUCGACAACAAUGAAGAUCUUCUGCCACCAGUUCCUAAACGUAAAACAUUGGAAUUCAAACAAACAAACAGUACUAUUGCAAGUAAUAGUAAAUCUAAAAAUAUACUACAGUUUGCAUCUUCAUCCAGCCAUCAAGUUGUUUCAACGGCUACAGAAGAUAAUCAUGAUAAACACAUGGUCAGUAGUAGACAACUGUCAUCCAGUUCAUUGGAAAUUGAUUAUCACUUUCAUCCAUUUUGUUAUAUUCAAGAUAUAUAUGAUAAACUACUUAAAACAAAAGAUAGUAGUAAUGGUUCAGCCUCCAUAAAUACUGUUUACACAAUUCGUGGUUUGCUUAUUAGUUUGUUGUCAUCAUUAGAACAUCAUAAUGGUACUAAAUGGACACUAGCUGUGCGAAUUACAGAUGGUAGUGCAAUUCUUGAUCUAGAUGUCGCUUCAGACUUACUAACUGAAUGGAUUGGUUUAACUCCUAGUGAAAGUGAAUCAUUAAGACGAUUGAGUAAAAUUGACUCGGAUUCUUCGAAUCCACUUGCACUUCAAGAGGCACAAAAACAUCGUCAACGUUUACGUACAGCAUUAACAAAUUUCCAAAUAUUUUUAUCACAUUUAGGCGGUUUAUUCAAUAUUACAAUUCAAACAUGCAAUGAUAAUGUUGUAAAAUGUGAAAAGAAUACAGCAAACAAUACUAAUACUGCUAAUACUACUACUACUAGUAGUAGUAGUAGUAUCGAUCAGUCAUCUUUAUCAUCAUCGAUACGUCCCAUUUUAAUAGGUUAUAAAGAAAUAGAUCAAUGUUGGCUGAAAGAAUUACAAAAUAGAAUUAAUGUUCGUUAUACAGAGAAAAGUUUGUUGUAAAAGAUGAAAGAUAAAUAAAUGAAUUUUCAUGUUAUUCUUCAUUUUAUAAAUAAAUUAAUUAAUAUAUUUGUGCAUAGUUUUAUGUGUAUUACAGUUUAUGUUUGAACAGUAUUAUUUUAUUACAUUCCAGAGGAAAUGUAAGAUUAUAUGCAAAUAUUUACUAUAACGAUGACAAAACAUACUGUUUCCUUUUGUUUUCUUAUUGGUUUUUGUGGUAAAUGAUGGAUAAUAAUUAUACUUGUGACAGUUUAAUGAUGUUUUAAUUGGUUGGAAUUGUACAAAGUGGACUAGGUUUUUCUUAAGGGCGAAUAUUAAUAAUCUGUGGUAUGGAUUAGUAGUAUCUUGAUUCGAAUUUUUCAUUGGUAAUUAGUUAUAUACAUCAGUAAAUCUUCUAAUUAAUCACUUGUAACCGACUUUCUAAAUACUUCUCUAGACUCUAUAUCUACACUUAAAAUCGUAUAAUAGGAAAAAGGUGCGAAUUAUGAGUAAAAGCUUCAGUUCAAAUUGAAUUGAUAUGCAUAAAAUCGGAUUCACUUGUCGGUUUUUUUAGUGAACUUGAUCUUCUAGAAACUUCCGUAGACUUCCGAAUGCAGUAUUAACGUAGGUAAUUAUUCAGCGUGAUGCCAACCGGACGAAAUUUUUAGACCCUUUCUGGACUUAAAGUGACUUUGUAGAGGGAUAUUUAUGAACUUCCGACAACACGAAUGUUAUUUUGUUGUAUAUUUAAGUUAUGAACAUCUCUUUUUGAC